AUGAGAGUGGCGUUAUUGGUGUUGUUGGAGCUUGUUGUUUUCUGUUCAAGUGUCCAAAUAACACCAAUUCAUGUCGUUAAUUAUAGCUAUCAAUCAAGUAUAAGGGACAUUGUAAAAAGUAAUGCUAGGAAUGUCAAUGUCUUCGAUGAUAACAACGAUAAAUUAUAUAACUUACUACAAAGUAUAAAGCAAGAAACAAUUCAAUAUUUUACAAUUGUUGAUAAGUUCAAUAGCGAGAAUAAUAAUCGAGAAUUAUUCAUUUGUCGGUAUUUUUUGAAUCAAGAACAUUUUUUGAAAUCAGUUUAUUUACAUCAAUUAAUGACAACUACAAGUUUUGGUGUUGCAAACAAUGAUAUCAAUAAUGAUCAUCCUACAACAAUUAGUAAGGAAAAACUUUCCAACCUUGAUGCAGAUCUCAACAAAGUGAUUACAACCACUGCAAACACAAAUUCAGAUACACAUAGUAUCAAUAAGAUUUCGAAUACCAUUAUUCGUUUCAAUGAAACUAAUUCUACAUUUUUCAUAAUUACAGAUCCCAAUGGUGAUUUUAUAUCCGACUCCAUUGAAUUGAUUGAAGUUGAUUUUGGUGAUUAUAACUAUUUAUCAUCUAAUUAUAAUGAGUCCAAAUUGAUAAAUACCAAUUCUACUAACGAUAAUACUAUCAAUAACAAAUUUAAUCCCAAUAACAAUGAAACCGAUGGCACUUUUAGCAAAACUAUCAACUAUGGUUUUAAUUUCGGUAACAAGAAUGCAAUUCCGUUGAGUGGUUGUUUAAAAAUGAAAAAUACUACUUCUUUUUCGAUAACCAUACUAAAAUCAAAAGGUAAAUCAGGACAAAUAUUAUCAACACCAUUGAAUUUUUUCAUUGGUGGUAAUUUCUUGUUGUUAUUAGGAAUAAACAUUGAUUUAGGGUUGAAUGGAAUUAAUUUGAGCAGAUAUCGAAGUCAUACCAUUACUUGUCGUGGUGGUACUGCUUCUGUUGCUGCUGCUGGAAUUGACUUUGGUGAUAAACUCAUAAACAAACCUGAUAGAAUAGAAGGUGAAAUAAUACAAAUCUUACAACCAUUCAAUAAGAAUAUUAUAUCAUUACCAAAAUCAAAAUAUCGCUUAAUUAAAAUUGAAAAAAACCUUAUUCAUCAACAAAAUCUUGCCACUAAUUUCAAGAAACUUCAUAAACAUAUAUCAUUUAAAAAGAACAAGUCAACGGCCAAAAGUUUUGUUAAGUAUGAAUUCAAUUAUGUAACUCCUUGGAAGAAAUUGUUCACCAAUGGAUUUAAAAAAGAUUUAGGAAUAAUUUUGUACCUUGAUGACGAUGGUGCUAACAAUAAUAUUCCUUAUUGUGAAUCAAGACCUGAAUAUUUACAAUGUAAUGUGUUUUAA